AUGCCGCGUGUCUCAUUUUUGACUCACACCUUGCUCAUUCACGCGCCUGUCGUUCUACUUGGGAUCAUCCUAUUAAUACACCCAAAGAAAUUGCCAUCUGCAAUUAAACGUAUCAUUGGCAUACCACUCUUAGCAGCUGAAUUCUACGUAGGGGCCGCAUACUAUUCUAAAUGUUAUGGAUUUGAUAUUUUGUAUACGACAGUAGCAAUUGUCACUACAUUACGGUUUUUCGAUUUUUACUUUUUCACUUCAUUACUUAACGGUAAAGAUGUUUACGUGACAACGGCUGACUUGAAAGCGGAAUUAUGGCAACCUAUUAGAUAUAGAUCAACCGAAAAACAAAAGAGUGAAAAUGGGGAAAACCAUCAAAGCAACGGAACCAAUGAAAAUAUGAUAGUCUCAUCGUUCACACUACUUCCGUCUGCUUUCUUAUUACUUUUUUUAUCUGAUUGCAUAAACUACUUGUUCCAUCAAUUUACUGCCCACAAGAUACUCUCACUAUCAUCAAUAGAAUUAUUUAUAAUGAAUCUAAUCGGUGGUAUUUACAUUUGCACAAUACUGGAAGGAACAUCUCGUCUUGGAGCAUUCGCUUGGACGUUAAUCAACAAUCGAGGCGUUAUUGACAAGAGCGUGUGGAAACCGCUAUUCAGGCAUCCAUAUUUGUCGACAUCGCUAUCAGAUUUAUGGUCGGUCAGAUGGCAUCAGACGUUCCGUGUAUUAUGGAUGUCGCUAGCAUACGUUCCACUGAGACAACUCAUUAGACAGAAACUACGACCAUGGUUAACGAAAAAUAAUAAUUCCAAGACUAGUACCGUUGCGGAUAUGAUGGAAUUGGCUAUACCAGCAAUUGGCGUGUUCGCAAUCAGUGGUUUAAUACAUGAAUACAUAGUGUGGGCAACAUUCUAUCCUCAAUGGAUUCCAGGUCAAAUGAUGGUAUUCUUCGUUUCCCAAGCAAUUGGGGUGAUCAUUGAGAAGAUUUAUCAAAGGCUUACACCCGGACUAAGCCUGCCGGUAUGGAUGGGAAGACUAUGGAUUCUAUUAUUUUUAUAUUUCACUUCGCCAUACUUUUUUGAACCGUUUUACAAGGCAGAAGCAUGGCGAUUUAAUGGGGAUUUGCCAAGUGUAUUCAAAACGGUCGGUCUAUGGACAGAAAAUUAG